AUGCCUGAGCUACUGAGGCGAGACUCUGAGGACAGCAGGCGCUACAGAGUCGUCAUCGAGUGUUACGACCACACCUCUCCCCGGUCAAUCAACCCCCUCAUCCCGAAUACCGCGACCCGCCUGCCACACUCCGUCAACCAGGAGCUCUGCGCGGUCCAGCAUCGACUUGUGCUUCCUAGUCAGGGCGAUCUGUGGAGGACCCGCUUGCCCAGGACUCGGGCGCUCGACACUCGCAACCCCUCGACCGUCUCCGCCGGAUUGUCCCCGUCAGCACUCCCAUCUCCGCCCCUAGAGCCUCGUACUCCUCCUGGUCCACGCAUUUGGUCCGAGUCCUUCGGCCUGCCAAGCCCGCCGCCGAUUGCGACGGCCGAACUCUGGACACCAUCUCGAGGCGACCUACCCAAGACAACUCACAAGCCCAUCCUCGACUUUCGUUUCGGCCCGCUCUUCUGCGACUCGAUCGACUACCCUGAACCUCGAGGGAUGACGCGGCAUCCGGGCGGAAAGACGAGCCCGUCGCUUGGACAGACGCAGCCGCAGCCUCCGAGGCCGGCUGAGACGAGCGGGACGACGGAGCUGAAUUGGGGGAUCGUUCAUCUCUACCGGGAAGCAGGCGCGGAGGAGAGUACGCAGGACGAGAAGCACAGGGCGAAAGAGGAGGAUGACGGUCGAGCCGUUGGAUUGGUGUCGGUCCCGGGCGUCUUGAACGCUGCCGCGCUGCUGUCGUUCAUCGCCCCGGCUCUCGACGACAUCGAGCAGGUGAGGAUGCUAAGGGACUCGACGCCAAAUCGCUCCCUCGUCCUGAUCCGCUUCCGCGACGCCGCCAAAGCGUCCGAAUUCAAGCGCGUCUACAACUCGAAGCCGUACUGGGACACGAAGGAUAGCGAAAUCUGCCACGUCGUCUCCAUUUCUGCCGCCAAACUCAAGUCGACCUCGACUCCUCCCUUCACCUUCCCUACCUCCUCCGCCUCGUCCGACGGCGCCCCUUCCGACGCUGUCGAACUGCCGACAUGUCCAGUCUGCCUCGAGAUCCUCGACUCGAGGGUCACAGGUCUGGUGCAGACGUUCUGCGGCCAUACGCAUCACUGCAACUGCCUGCUGAAGUGGGGAGACUCGCGAUGCCCCGUCUGCCGCUCAACAAACGCCCGACAACGACGGAACACGGUCACAGCAACGGAGGCGGCCGACUCGAAAUGCGCGGUCUGCCAAAGUCCGUCGAACUUGUGGAUCUGCGUGAUCUGCGGAAACGUCGGCUGCGGCCGAUAUCAAGGCGGUCACGCCCACUCGCAUUUCACCGACACCGGCCACUCCUUCUCGCUCGAGGUCGAGACUGGCCGCAUCUGGUCGUAUCUCGACGACGAGUACGUCCACCGACUCAUCCGCCUUCGCCCCUCCGCCGCUUCACCGGGCGACCGCAUCAUCGAGCUCCCCUCCAUCUCCUCCUCGUCCGCCGCUCGCUCCGCUCCUCCACCUUCAGAAGGCGAUACCGAAGACCUCUCCGCCAAGAUCGGUUCCUCGUAUGCCUCUCAGGCAGGAGGUCCGGACCGUGAUGCCGAAGAUGCGCAAGACAAGCUUGAAGCACUUGCGCUCGAGUACGGGAAUCUGAUGAGCAGCCAACUUGCGAGUCAGCGCGAGUGGUUUGAGGAGGAGGUCGCGAGGGAGAAGGAGCGCGUUAGGGUUGGGGAGAGGGUGAGGAAGGAGUUGGAAGGGGACUGCGACGGUUUGAGGCGCGCGGUGAGGGAGAGGGAGAAGGAGGUCAAGGGGUUGAGGGAGGCGUGGGAGAAGGAGAAGCGAGCGCUGGAGGGACGGAUCGAGGUCCUCGAGCGCGAGGUGCGGCAUGAGCAGGACGAGCGCAAGAAGGAACGCGCGGACCUCGUCAAGGGCAAGAAGCAGCUCGAGCGCGACCUCGAAUCCGAGCGAGCCGUCUCGGCCUCCCUCACGCAGAACCUCGCGGCGCUCAGAGCCGAUUUCCUCGAGGAGCAGAAGACGACGGCGAGCGUCAGGGGCGAGGUGGACGACUUGAAGGACCAGCUGAACGAUUUGAUGGCGGCGCUGAGCAUGCGGGAUCGGAUCGAGCAGGAGGGGCCGUCGAGCGAGUGGGCGGGCGCGUCGAUCGGAGUCGCGCCGGCGCCUGGGACGCAGCAGCAGCAGGCGCCGAAGAACCCGAGCGCGGCCAAGGCGGCGCAGCGGAAGAAGAAGAAGAAGUGA